AUGAGAGGGGAAGGGAUGGGCCAGAGAACAGGGCCGUAUGGCGACCCGAGAAGGGGGUAUGACAGUCGGAGAACAGCGCCCUAUGGGAAGCCGUCCUGGAAUUCCAGAAAUGAGCCACAGGAGCGACCAAAAGACAGAGCUUGGGGAGAACCGUCCCGGUAUGAGGAGGUACGGCACGAGAAAGAAGAAGCACCGCGCAAGCAAGCCCAAACAACCAACGUAGAACGGAACAUGCAGACUUCCGGAGUGUUGGCGGAAGAAACCAACAUGAAGAACGGCGUCCUACUGAAGCACACGUUGCCAUUGGACGCUCGUAAGCCCGUCUUGAAAUGGUGGCUCUUUGUCUUCUCAAAUAAGUCUAAUAUGGACAAUAAAACGUUGACUCUGGGAGAUAGUAGCUGUUAUUUGUUUGGUAGUGAUGCCAGGGUUGCCGAUGUGCCGAUAAUGCAUCCAACGACGAGCAAGCAACACGCGGUCAUUUGCUUCAGAUGGAACUCAAAGAGGGGCGAGACAUGUCCGUACCUAAUGGAUCUCAACUCCACUAACGGAACAUUCCUAAACCACGACCAAAUCGAGCCGACACGCUACUACGAGCUACUUCCCGGAGACAUUAUCAAGUUUGCGAAGUCGUCUCGCGAUUAUGUAAUCAUGAACGAUGAAAGGGAGGACGAACCUUCCUCGUUGGACGAUGAGCAGGAUGACCUGUCCGAGGCCAACGCAGGCGGGAUCAAGUCUGAAGGCACAGGCUCCCCAAAAGAGGCCACAUUGGACUUGCCUUAUGAGGCCAAGCAAAAAACAGGACAAGAAGACACACAACCUAGCGAAGACAAAAUUCUGGCAGACUUGAUACAAGUCGAGCUGGCGAAAGAAAGAGCCAAACGGAAGACGAAACGAGGCGGGCAUAUUUAG